GCUUUAAAAGGCGCGCAGGACAAAGAUCCAAUUCACACCUGAUUACAUCUGACGCAUGCAAUGACAGCCCUUAACUUGGUCUCCCUUUUGCUGGUGGCCGUCAUGCUACCUGGCACCUUCGCUCGAGGUGGAUUACCGAGUUGUUGUCGCAAAACUACAGACACGAAAGUCGAUCGAGAACAGCUGACCAACUAUUACAUCCAACAACCUCCGUGUUGUCCUUUGCACGCUGUGGUUUUCAUCACAUUAAAAAGAAAGAGAAUCUGCGCCGACAAUUCCAGCUUGUGGACGCAGAAAAGCAUGGCGUACCUCGACAGAAAGAACGACCUUUCCCGACAGCAGACACUUGAAGUGCAGUGACAUCUUUGCAUUCUUUACGUAAACCCAUUUGCCUCCAAGCUGGAAUGACAUGGCCGACUGCGGUUGUAUGAAUCUCAAUAUGUUGACAUCUUUUCCAAAACAGUGGUUUUGCCAUGUGGUGUUGUAGAAGUAAUCAUUUGAAACACUUUACAGGAAUAAAAGGGUGCAUAUUUAUCAGUUUUGUACCUUGUUGAAACAUUGUUGCUAAUUAGAGUGAGAAAUCAUUAAUUCUUAAUAUAUAAUUAAAGGUACUUUGAGGUAACUGGUUACUUCGGAAUUUCGUGUCAAACCGGUAAACUUUAGCGUAAAUCUGCAGCCAAGAAGUAGCUCCCAUUUUCCAAAAGUUUGGUGACCCUUAAAGAAGAAAGAAUACCAUUUUAGCAAGACGAAACGCAAUUACUACUCUGAAUAAAUUGCAGUCAUUGGGGGGGGGCUUUACACUAUGACUGACAAACAUUUGAAUUUGGAAAUUUAGUGAAAAGGAGAGCUCGAGUAUGCAAAUCAAGAAAAUGGAAUUGGUUCUUUUACAAUGUGGGAAAGGAGCCAAUGUCUGGAGGAGAUCCGUAAUUAGGCAGGAUUUUGAAAAGGCUUCUCUGGAAAGAAAAUAAAUAAAAGCAA